GAGAAAGAGAGCAAAAGAGAGAGAGAGAGAAAAAGUUUGGUUGUGCAAGAGAAGUUCAACUGAAGGGAAGGGAAAAAAGUCUGUUUUUGAGGGGAAGAGAGAUGAGUUGAAUGAAACAAAGUUAUGAACAUAAACGAGUGGUGUUCGUUAUUUAUUACUGUUCAACGAAAAGUAUGAUAUGAUUGCGAUGUAUCUCACAUAUGUGAAUACAAAUAUUUAUACUACAAGCAAAAAUUAUAAGUCCUGAAUACACAAUGCAGAAGAAUGGAAGAAUGGAAUAUGACAUUCCACAAGGAGUUCAGAAGAUGCACAACAGUGAGCGAAAAGUGUCCAAAUUGCGGGCAGCUCGCGAACGAGUCUUUUUCAAGACUCGUGAAAGAUAGCUGUGGUCAUACCAAGUGCCGAAUGUGUUUGCUAUACGAGGAGCAUGGAUGCAAGAUCUGCCAGACUGAGCACUGUGUUCAAGGAGAAGAAGAGUCGCAUGUGGCAAACAAAGAACUGAAGGAGACACGUAAGGGAUCAUCCGGCCAGGAGAUUGUGCUGCCGUUGGAAUUGGUCAUCCACAAGGAUUCUAAGUCCAAGGAAGAUUAUCCGAUCGAUUCAAACUCCGCUAAAAGCGAAUCGCCGAAUCACUAUGAGAACACCACUUUCGAAAACAAUGAAGAGACCUAUGAGUCCACGGCAAGUGGAUCCUCAACCACGACUAAUAACGAUUCUAACAAGUCGUACAUUCCGAGAAUAGAGCCUUACAAUGUAGUGUUGAAUAUUCAGAAUCAUUUGAGAAACGACAGCGAUCGCGAUUUGAAGGAUCCGCAGAAGAAUCCACAUGUAAAAAAUAAUAGUCAACCGAAAGCGAAAAUCAAUAAAGAGGCCGCGGAGAAGAGCAAAAACGUCAAAUGUAAUCGUAGUCACAUAACAAUAGUGCCAGGCGUCCCAGAGAGAUACAAGUGCAAUGUAUGCGGUAAGAUCUUCCGCAACAAGAAGGGCAAAUGCUAUCACGACGCCUGUGUGACGGGUGUCAGACCCUAUCAGUGUACCCUUUGUGACAAAAGCUUCGUCAAACGUUCUCACUUCGAGUAUCAUGAGAGAGUUCACAUAGGAUAUAAGCCAUACAAGUGCAACCUCUGCGAAAAGGCCUUCCCUCAGCAAAAUAAGCUCAAUAGACAUAUGUUUUCUCACAGCAAGGAGAAGCAGUUUGUAUGUUCCGAAUGCAAUAAACGAUAUAGCAAGAAGGAUGAUUUGAAGAAUCAUUUAAACGUACACAAUGCGACAACUGUGUAUAAAUGCAAAUCCUGCGACAAGUCCUUUCGCAUGUUAACCAAUCUGAAACGCCACAUGCAAACACAUACGAAUGAACGGCCACAUAGAUGUGAUCAGUGCGACAAGAGUUUCAAAGACAAAUCUUUGUUAAUACGACACAAAAGGACCCACGGAAAGGAAAGACCGUUCUCUUGCGCUCACUGUAACAAGGUUUUCCUGUCGAAGAGCGAAUUGAGGCGACACUUAACUGUUCAUUCAGACGAAAAACCGUUUUCUUGCGAGUACUGCCAAACACUGUUUAGACGUAAGGACAACUUGAAUCGACACAUCCGGCACCAUCAUAACGAGGACUUCAAUUGCGAGAUACGCAAAACGGUCGUCAAAACGGACCAAGUCUGUUCGGCAAAGAGCAGCAGUCAGCAACGACCGCAGAAGCAGAAAUCGAAAAGAGCACAGCCGAAGAGCGGAGGCACUGCAACGUUCGCGAGCUCUCGUGAACAGAUUAACUCGCGGCUCGACUCCAUGGGCAACAUCACACCUGUGAUAAGAGUUACCGGCGAAGUGAGCAACGCGGUGCCGGUGAUCAACGGGCCCAUCAACAUCAGGCGGCUGGAGGACAGGACCGACAGGAAGAUAUUCACGUACACGGAGCCAAUUCCAAUCGCCGAGGCGGUGGAGCUUAACUGUCGGAUCGAGGAGAAGCUGUAUCCGCAGAGCGUCAGUAGUCACAAUUAUUACUUCGUACACAGCUAUCUUAAAGACAAAAACUCCAAGGUGAACUCAUAUCCGAACAAUAAGCUGGCAUCGCAAGAAAAAGAUGAUUUUGCGGCGGCUUCGUCCUCGCAAACCGGGGCGGCACUGACAACGGAUUCGAGUGAUUCCACAGCUGAUGUCUACGAGGAGAGGAUCGUAAGAUGCGAAGAACAGAACAGUCAGGAUGAACAGAAUGAGAAAAGGGAUGAAGGGAAUCAUGAGGAAAGAAAGAAUUUCAAAGAUCCUGAGGAUCGUGAAGAUUCAUACGCCGUUUCUUACCGAGAAUCUAAUUGCGUUUCUACGAUCAAGAAACAUAUUACGCAGCAGUCGGAGAGAUGUCCGAGCAAAAAUGUCUCGGCGAACGAUGACUAUUUGGACGCGACGAAUCAUCACAUGAUAUCGUCAAAAGAUUCUCAGAACAACUGCGGAAAGAAGCAAAGCGCGGACAUACACUGGAGACGCAGAAUUACGGAGACGCUGAAGCCGUGCUGAUCCCACGCGAAUCGCGUGUACCUUCGGGUACUACAAUCAGAACGUCUGAAAAAACAUAGCAACACCAAAUAUAUACAAUACAGUGUUUUUAGUAAGAAAAAUAUCGCGGCGAGGAAACUAGGAUCCUUUUGCUUGCUAGCCAACUGCUCUUCCAAUUGAACUAUCCAAGUUCACUCUGAUACUUUUCUCGUUUAUCUAUUUUUAUUUUACAGAAUAUAAUACGGUACUUUUUGAUUGAAUAAAACAAUUUAAUGCUAGGGUAAGUUUAGAGCAAUGUGUGGUAUUUCACUUAAUGGUAGAAUAUAUGAGAUGUGUGUUGUGUAACAGUGAAAAAAAAACCAUAUAAAACUUAAUAGUAAAUCAUGUAAAUCUCUGUCUCUUGUAAACUUUUUAUACGAAAUUAACUGACUGAAACAAGUUGUCACUUUUUCUACUUUUUUAAAUAAAAAUUAUAUUGACUUAAAAAUUAUUGCAAAUAUACAUAGAUACAGUUUACAAUCUGCAGUGGAAUGGCUUGCGCAGUAAGACUGAUUAUAAAAUAUUGAUUAUGUAUACAAUGAUUGAAGAUUGAACGAGAAAAAUAAAUAACAUGUUGAAACUA